AGAGGCAGUGUUCAACCUCGUCAAAGCAAAGCAACAGUGUUCGCAUUAUUUGCAUUUCACAGAAGAGAGAGAAACCCAUUUCUAGAGAGAGAGAGAGAGACAGGCAGACAUGUCUUCCUUUGAUGCCUUCGCGGAUGACUUGAACGUCAACUCCACUUCCACUCACCACCAAGACGACGAGGAGGAAAACUACUCCGGCUACGGCGGCUACUCCUCUUUCACCGGAGGAUUCACUCCAGACGGGGAUGUCGCCGUGGAUCAUGCUGCUGCAGCGUCGCCGGAGAUCUACGGAUUUACUGAUCCGAAUCCUGCUUACUCUCAGUCUCCCUUCGAAUCAGUCACUGUUGAGAACGGAAAUGAAAAUGGAAACGGCUACGGUGACGGUGUUUUUGUCUCCGAUGGCCCGGUGCUUCCGCCACCGGGUGAGUUGGAGCCGGAGGAAGGUUAUGCACUUCGGGAGUGGCGCCGUCAAAAUGCCAUUCUGCUAGAGGAGAAGGAGAAAAGGGAAAAAGAAAUGAGAUUGAAGAUUAUUGAGGAAGCUGAGGAGUAUAAAGUGGCUUUCUAUGAGAAAAGGAAGCUUAAUGUUGAGACUAACAAGGUUCAAAAUAGAGAAAGGGAGAAGUUAUUCUUGGCUAAUCAAGAGAAGUUUCACAAAGAGGCAGACAAAGCUUAUUGGAAAUCAAUUGCAGAGCUCAUUCCUCGUGAGGUUCCCAACAUUGAAAAGAAGAGAGGCAAAAAGGAUCAGGAGAAGAAGCCAUCGAUUACAGUCGUCCAAGGGCCAAAGCCUGGCAAACCCACGGAUCUUUCCCGGAUGCGGCAAAUACUCUUAAAGCUGAAGCAUACACCACCACCUCACAUGAUUCCUCCACCACCUGCUCCUGCUAAAGAUGCCAAAGAUGGUAAGGAUGGGAAAGAAAAAGCAUCUAAAGCAACUGGACCGGAAGCCGAAGGUGCACCUGGCUCACAACCAAAGGACGCCACCUCUAAUGGCUCUGCAGACGAACCCCAGAAAGAAGCUCCUGCCGCUGAGGAGCAGCCUGCUGCAUAAUUUUGCCUAUCAUACUUCUAUUCCCUCUCAAUCUUUCUUCUACCAUCUCUUUUUGCACCUGCAGUCUUCAGUCCUGCCAUUAGUUUCUAAUGCUUAUUGGUUGCAUUUUAUUACCAACUUUAAGUUUUUGCAUGAAUUAAAUCCAUAAUUGACUAUCGUGACGUGGAGAUUCAAUGUUCAUGGGUUUAAAUACAUCCUUUUAGACAGAGUGCUUGUUGGGAUUGCUGUCUAGUGGUGUCAAAUACAAACGUUUUAUAAGUUAAAAUUUCUGUUGGUAUGAGCCUGAUCCUUGUUUCAUUAUUUAUUUUAGUAUCCAUAAGCUGAUAAUCAUAGGCUUAUUUAGUAUCCUUAAGGGAAGGCACCCCCAUCCAGGAGUUGCCAAAUCACCAUUCCAAUCGUUUUGUCAAAUGUGAUUUAGCCCAAAUUGCUCGACCCAAUGUCGUUAAGAGAUUUGGGAGAACGUGUGAUAGAGUCUACAAAGCGAAGAUUUAGUUGCGUACGAUAUGGUGUUUGCAUUUUUUUUGUUUUUCGGAUGCAUACAUAUUUAAUAUGAAUCGGAACACAAAUUUUUUUUGGUUCCGUUGAUCUCGUGUGGUUUGAAUUUCUGUCGUGUUGGACAAUGAGUGACCUGUAUUGUAUUAGCCGUAUUAUUGUUAUCUCUAGAAUCACCGAUUUAAAAUAUGUAUGAGCUGAUAAACUUAUGAUAUCUUGUAGUUAUUUGUGGCUUGUGAUAGAUAAUUGAUAUUGAGGAAUGGAAGAGCAUACAAUUUUAUUAAUAUCAGUCUUAAGAUUGAUUUAAAAAUAUAAAACCAGUAACUUCUUAUUUAAAAUGUUAUUAUAUUUAUGAUUAAAAAAAUACUUAUC